GAAAACCAUUUAAAAAUUUGUCCAAUUGAAGGUGGACGAGUUCUUUACUGCUUUUGGGGUAAAAAGAGCUUAACAAAAUCAAAAAGGGAGUUGGGACCGUGGAGGGAAACUGGCGGGCAUACCAUCUGCUACGAAUUGAUAGAACACCGAUUCCCAUUUUCUGCAUGCAUCUAUGAAGUGGGUUUCCUUAUAAAUUCGUAUCUGACGUGGGUUCCGUUAGGAUUACGAGAAGAGGGAGGAGGGUUUUGGUGGUUCUGGGUUUUGGGUUUUGGGUCUGGUCUCUUUGUGAUUCUACUACUAAGUGAGCGUCUGAGGCCAUGAGGAAGAAGCUGGACACUCGUUUUCCUGCAGGCCGGAUAAAAAGGAUAAUGCAAGCUGAUGAGGAUGUUGGAAAGAUUGCGAUGGCUGUACCUCUUCUUGUCUCUAAAGCGUUGGAACUAUUUCUGCAAGAUCUGUGUGAUCAGACAUAUGAGAUAACCCUCCAACGUGGUGUAAAGACCUUGACUUCUCUGCAUUUAAAGCAAUGCAUACAGAGCUUUAAUGUUUUUGAUUUCCUAAGGGAAAUUGUCAGUAAGGUUCCUGAUUUAAGUGGCUAUGAUGCUGUUGGUGAGGAUCGUUCUAUUGUGAAAAGAAGGAAAGUUGCCGGGGAUGAAGAAAAUGAAAAUGAUGAUGAGUCCAAGAGGGGUAGGAUGCAUGAGACUGGCCAAACCACUGGCGGUGGCCGAGCAAGAGGAAGAGGAAGAGGCAGAGGUCGUGUGCGAGGAAGUAGAAUUCUAGAAAAGUAUGAAGAUGAUCCAGACAUUUCUGUGCGCAAUGGUGCCGAGCACAACCAAAGCACUGGAGGCCUGGAUAAUUUGGCCAAGACUGGAGGAUCAAGGGAGAUUAUAUUGUCCGGUAAUGUUGUAGACACACAAGUUCGGAACUUUGACCUGAAUGUGGACUUGGAUGACAAUGGUGAGACAACAGCAGCACCAGCGGCUGCCCCUGCUGGCUCAUCAUUAAAGCCUACCCCGGAAACAAAGCAUGAGGAGCGCCCUGCUUGGUCCCUCCCUGACAUGGAGAGUAUGGCCAUUGAUCCCAUUCAACUUGCCAACUUGGACAGGGGGAUAAAUGAUGAUGAAGAUUAUGAUGAGGAAUGGUAACUGAUAGCAGUCCUGGUUGUUUUUGUUGUUUCUUACAUCAGUGGCAGUGGUAGUUUUUAAUACUCUUUUAUUUGGGGUAGAUGUUAAGCCAAUGGGUUGCGGAUGGUGGUUAGCUUGGAAAAACAUGUAGGUAGGUAGGAAACUGGGAAGGCUAAAAAGGGUUUUUUCUCCCUUUUGGCUUCUCAAGAAAAGUCUGUACCAUAUGUUUGCAUACCAUCCAUUAGGUUACUAACAUCAGUAGCAGUAUAUAUUGAUUCCUGUUAAUUUUGAAAUCCUUGGAUUAUGUAACUGACCAAAUUUAAUUUAGAAUUUCCUCUC